AUGGAUUCCGUUCCCAAACGCAGCGGCCCGGGGCUGAACGGUGUCGCAAGACGAUCCCUCGGCAUCGGUCUACUGCUGAUAGUAGUGUUUCUGUGGACAGCGUCGAAUUUCCUGGCUAGUACUAUCUUUGCCGACGAUACAUAUUCCAAGCCGUUCUUUGUGACGUACAUUAACACCUCGUUGUUUAUUCUGCCACUCUUUACGAUUAUCUUCGGCCGCGUCUGGCGAUUAUGGCGCACGGGCAAGAUAUCCCGGAUUCGCUCGUUCCGGAGUCUACUGCGACAUCUAGACUCGCACGACCCCGAAGCCGAAACGCAGAGCAUCCUUCAUCAUGAUGCGCAUCGAGACAGUGAAGACGCGCCCGACGAUCCUGAGGCGUGGAAUGCCGCCCGGCUGGCGCCGGAGGGGAAGUACCAAGAAGCCUCCAAGCUGGGCUUGAGGGCGACGGCGAAGCUGAGCUUCGAGUUCUGCAUGCUAUGGUUUCUUGCCAAUUAUUUCGCCAUGGCCUGUCUACAGUAUACGACCGUAGGAAGUACUACCAUUCUAACCUCAACGAGCGGCGUAUGGACCCUCAUCUUCGGAGCCGUCAUCGGAGUCGAGAAAUUUACCGUCCGCAAACUCCUCGGCGUGGUCGCUUCAUUGGUCGGCAUCAUGCUGAUAUCCCGUGUCGACUUAUCUUCGUCUCCAGAGGUCCCACCAGCCGACAACAAUGGCGGCAGCACGUUUCCCUCCAAGACCCCAGCCGAGAUUGCCCUAGGCGACGCCAUGGCGGGCUUCAGCGCCGUCAUGUACGGCGUGUACACCAUUGUCCUGAAGAAGCAGGUGGGCGACGAAUCGCGCGUCAACAUGCAGCUCUUCUUCGGGCUUGUCGGCCUCUUCAACAUGUUCCUGCUGUGGCCGGGCUUCAUCAUCCUCCAUUUCACUGGGAUCGAGACCUUCGCGAUGCCCGACACCGGCCGAGUAUGGACUAUCAUCUGGACAAACUCCUUCGCCUCCCUCGCCUCAGACAUCUGCUGGGCCUACGCCAUGCUCCUAACCACGCCCCUCGUCGUCACCGUCGGUCUCAGCCUCACCAUCCCGCUCUCCCUAGUUGGCCAGAUCAUCCUCCAAGGCCAGUACGCCAGCGGCCUAUACUGGGUCGGCGCCACCAUCGUCUUCCUCUCCUUUUUGAUCGUGAACCACGAAAGCCAGGAGUCAGUUGCAGCGCAGUCGGAGGAGUCGUCUAGAGUGACUUAUGAUGCUCUUCCUGGUGAUGAGGGACAAUGA